UAACGAGGUUCUUUAUUGUAAACAAACAAUCAACCGUAACUGGAGGUUGUGUUUCCUUGGGCCUCUACAUAAAGCUUUAAAACAUGUCUAAGGGGAAACUUUCCUGUAGAAAUAGUGGAGAUGGACUUCACAAUGGUCCCUUCCCUCCUCACACUCAACGUAGGGAGUCGGAGAUUGCCCGUCAGUUCGACCUUCCUGAGCGUCAGAGCAAACUGAACACUAUGCUGCGUGAAGAAGGACUAAAGGAUGAACAGGUUUAUUGUGUGUGUCGCACAGCUGAUGUUUCCAGGUUUAUGAUUGGAUGUGACAAGUGUGAGGAAUGGUACCAUGGAGACUGCAUCAACGUCACCGAGACUGAAGCCAACAAGAUUAAAAAAUUCUUCUGUCAGAAAUGCAGACUAAAGGAACCUUCACUUGAAAUCCAAUAUAAACAAAAGAAGCCACACCACCACAACCACAAUGAUAGCAAACACCACAAGGACAAAGACAAGAAAGAUGGAGAGAAGAAGGAGAAGGAGAAAAAAGACAAAGAAAGAAGAGAAAAGGAGAGAAGAGAUAAAGAGAAGCACAAACAUGACAAGCAUUCAACCUCAAAAAGCAAGAACAGUAGAAGCAGCAGCAGUCAUCGAUGUGGUGAAUGUGAGGCUUGUUACCAGCAAGAAGAUUGUGGCCGUUGUGAGAAUUGUAAAGACAUGCCCAAAUUUGGUGGCCCACACAAACUUCGACAAAAAUGCAAGAAAAGGCAGUGCCACAACUUUGUACAUCUUGCUCAGAAGUCCAACAAAAAUAACACCAGUGCCAAUAAGAAACAUAGAGAAUAUGAACCAGAGAAGCCACUGAAACCUCCACAGAAGAAGAGUGACUCUGGAGACGAGUACGUGACUGUCCUCAAAGAUAAGAAUGAAUGCAGUGAUGAGGACAUGUUGGAGCUGAGUAAGAAACUUAUCAAAGAUCCUGUCAUUAUGGAGUGCAUCAAACCCAAGGAGAAAGAGCCAAAGUCACAUAGCCGAAAAAGGAAAGAUCAGAACAGCGGAGCCAGAAAAAGAAAAGGUCGUCAUGAAUCAGAUUCCUCAGACACAGAUUCUGAUGGAGGCUUCCUCAAGGGUGAAUCUGCCACCCAAACUCAGUGCUUCGGACCUCAGUGCAUAAAGGCAGCUCUGCCCAGUAGCAAGUAUUGCAGUGAUGAGUGCGGACUAAAGCUGGCAGAAGCAAGAAUAUACUCGGUACUGCCACAACGUAUACAGGAAUGGAAGAUGAGUGAAUGUGUGGCUGAAAAUCGUGAUAUUCGACAGUUGGAAAAGAUAAGACGACAGCAGUUGGAGGCAAGAGAGGUGCUUCAGCAGCUGGAUCAACGCCAUUUGGAGUUAGACAGGUUACUUGAGCGUGGGAAAAAAGCAGAGAUUGACCCCCAUGCAGAUGACGGGGGUGAAGAGGAAGGCGGAGAUGGUGUGUAUAUCUAUUGCGUUACUUGUGGUCAUGAAGUGCAAGCCAGACGAGCAAUACGGCAUAUGGCAAACUGCUUCAAUAAGUUGGAGAGUCAAACAACCUUUGGUUCUAUGUACAAGACACGAAUAGAGGGCAACAAUAUGUUCUGUGACUUCUACAACCCCAGCAGCCUCACCUAUUGUAAGAGGUUACGUGUUAUGUGCCCGGAGCACACCAAAGCCCCAACUGUAUCUGACUCAGAGGUGUGUGGAGCUCCUCUGACCUCCAAUGUGUUUGACGAGACUGGGGAAAUUUGCCUUGCACCAAAAAAGAAAUGUCUUCGUCACUACUGCUGGGAAAAGCUACGGCGGGCUGAAAUAGACAUGGAAAGAGUUAGACAGUGGUUGAAGCUUGAUGAACUAUUGGAGCAGGAGCGCCUCGUGCGCCAAGCCAUGACCAACCGUGCUGGUGUUUUGGGUCUCAUGCUUCACUCCACAUAUGACCAUGCAUUAGCAGAAAAACUGCAGCAGUCACAGCAGUAUCACCAGAAUGACCACCAGUACCAUUCAGGUCAUAAAUAUCAACGAACAACCAGUAGCAAUAUUCCAGAAAAAAGCAGUAACAGCACAAGCCAACCCAAGACCCAGCAGCAACGCCAGCACUCAUCACACCGGUACACUAACGAUCACCACUACCACAGUGAACUGCAGCACCACCAGAGCGACCAUCAGUACCACAACAGCAAUCGUAAACACCACCACAGCGACCAUCAGUACCACAACAGUGAACGUAAACACCACCACAGUGAUCACCAGUACCACAAUAGUGAACGUAAACACCACAGUGACCACCAGUACCACUCUAACCGUGAACGAAAGUACCAGGUAGACCACAAGUACCACAGUGACCAUCAGUAUUAUUCUAGUAAGAAGCACAAAUAAAAUAGUAACACCUUCUUGUACCAUCAUUGGUUCUCUACAUUACCCUUGAUGAAGUAUGUUAUGAAGCAUCAAAGGUCAGAGAAGUUUCUGGUGUCGUGUGUUAAGAGAAUACCGGCACAAUACACUUGUAAGAAUAUGAACAAAAGGUUUUCAAUUUUAUUAAAUGCUCUAUUGCACUACAACACUUGGUGGUAUUUAGAAGGACCUUCCAGUGGCUCUAUAAAGAGAAGUGAUAGUGAAGUAUUAGUGUACCUUACAAUAUUUAAAGUGUUGUGUUUUAUAACAUGGAGUGCAGCAUCACAAGUAAAAGUCUAUUUUAGUAAUAAUGAUAACUCUUAUUUCCAUAUUGUAAAUAUUAUAAGUCCUUUUGUAAAAUCAUGUUAUAUUUCUUCCAGUACUUCUUUAUACAAAUAAUUUAUAAUUUACCCUAUUAGUGAACCACUGGAAUUAAUUCUUUUUUAUUGAAAAUGUAAAAAUAUUUUUAUGUGCAUAUUUAAGUCCAAGUAUAUUUUGACAGUGCAGUGCUAGCCAAUAUUUUAAAAUCAGAAGAUAUACACGAUUAUUUAUUAUAUGUAUACUUUAGUAUGAAUACUGUAUAUGGUACAUCGGGAGGUUUUUCUUAAAGAAGUAUUAAAGGUUUCAUACAUAUAACAUCAUGUACAAAGUGUAUAAUACUAGACCUCCUUUGGAUUUUAUUUUAUAAUGUUUAUUACCUUCCAACACCCAUGUUCUCUUACCUGAUUGAAGGCCAAGUUAAUGCCAGUUUUAAUGAGUGGCAUUACAAUAUCAACCUUCUUAUGUUAUGGAGCAAGUCACUCACAUUUUCCUGGACUGCGUGAAAUUUUCCAACGUGAGCAAACAAUAUAUUGUAUUUCCAUUUCUCAUAUAUUUGGACCGACUCUUUCUCUCACUUCAUGGCAUCUCAUCCAUACCAGAGUUAACUGUCAUACAAGUUCAAUGUAUAAAAUCCAGCAGCCUCGGGACCAACACCAAACUGGGCUUUUUUUGUGUGGGAGCGGGGGAUUCUGCACAAUAAGAUAAAUUAUUAUCUUAGGCUUAUUUAAAGCAUUAAUAAUUUGUAUUUAAUGUAUAUAAAUAUUAAUUAUUUUUUAAUAACUACAAGCAGACCCCAUCUUUUUUUUUAAAUAAAAAAUUCAUAAGUAAAACAAAUUUUCUAACUGACUUCCAUUAUAUAAUAGUACUGUACUCAACAUACAUUCCUAUGAAAAAAUUAUUUCCCAAAAAAUUGCUAAAAUUACACUAAAGGCCUCUUUAAGGACAUUUGUUAUAAAAAAUAUUAACAAUGGUUUUCAGAAUUUGUCAAUUUCCGGUUUUCUUUCACUACUCAACCACUGCCUUUGACAAUUGGUUAAACAUACAGUACUGUACUAUGAGAUACAAAACAGCCUUUUCCUCCAUUUAUAUCCAGAUAUGUACAGGAGACCCUUAAAUAUUGUGAUUUUAUCCUUCAUGGUUUUGACUACUUGCAGGUAACUUCUCUAUACAUCAAUUUAUAUACUGUAUAUUGUGGAGGAUAAUUUUGACCAUUCUUAGGGUGGGGGUAGGGGGGGGAAUUGGAAAGUGGGACACUCCCAGAUGCUUGUGUCAGCUCUUUAACAUCUUCCAAUAAUACAGGAACAGUUCUUGCAGGUUUGACUCGGGCCUAUCAAGGUAUCACGUGAAUUAGCAUGGUGGUGAAAAUGUAUGGUUUUCCCACAUUCCUGGUUUCCUGACAACUGGAUUUUAACCAUAGAACCUGUGUACAGGCAUGACAGUACUGUGCCAAAUACAUGUACUGCACUGUAGAGAUGCAUUUGUGAUACCACUACAGCUUACCUACAAGUGAUACAUGAGAGCUUUAUUGAAUACUGUACUGGUUAUAACACUAAAAUGAUGCUGUGCACAUUAUGAAUACUGUACAUUAACAUAUUUUAUACCAUAAUUAAAAAGAUUAAUUUAUAAUAAUAAUGGGAAUCAAUAAAUAAUACAGUACUGAAGAAGUUACCAGUAUACAGUACAAGGUAUUCAGUCAGAGUUUGCAUUAGACUUGACUACCAUUGGCUGUCAUCCCUAAUAUGACUAAUUUCCUACAUGGAGCCCAACUGGCUCUCCAUCUACUCUUACAAAAUACUCCUUGAGCAACUUGUCUUAGUUGCUGUUAACGAAGUGGUGGAUUGGGCAAAAGCCCUUAUCUUGUUUGCAUUCUUGAGAAGGGUUGAGGUAGCCAAACCCAAGCAACUACAGCAUCACCAUUAAUCUGAUGCUCACUUGCCCCCACACAUCUUAUGACCAGCAUUUUUAACUUUACACUGGUGCAUUUCCUUGACUGGGUGGUCAUAUACCCAGCAAUAUCAUCUGCAGGUCUUUUUUUAAUAUUCUGGGUCAAAAGUAAAAUUAAUUAAAACAAGCUACUGUAAUCCUACAGGAGGAAGCUUUCAAAAUUGGCAAAGGUGGGAGCUGAUCAGCUAAAUAGUACAUUAAUCAGUGUGUGCCACUCAUUCGUUGCAUGCACGGUUUGGAGAAAAUUGAGUGUCACAUGGUCUUGUGGAGCUUUUGAACCACUUUUCAGUCUUUAUAUAAUUAUAAUGAAAUGGUAACCCAAGAGGUAUGCUUGUACUGUAUAUCUCGAUAUGAUCUGCAACACACCCUUAGAUAAUGUCUCAUUUCCUAUUGUAAAUAAAUCUCUGAAACUUUGAUCUUCAAGUUAUCACCAUUAUCAUGUUGUCACCUUCACCGUUCAGGUGCAGAGACUCAUCAGGCUAUGUACUGGAGCAUCUAGUUUUGGUCAUGGGGAAAGAAUUUACAUAAUUGUAUUGUACAAGUACUGAUAUGUCUUGUAAUUCUGGUCAUGGAUUAUGGACAACUACCCAGUACAUAAUUUCUCAACUGGAUCUGGUCAGGGGGUCAUGGGUAGUGUUUCAAACAAGAAUAAUCAACAUCAACUUCAAAAGUUAUGUUAACUCAUGAACUGUACCAUAAACAAGUACAGUAUGGUGUUGCCAUGUAUUUUUUUAUACAGAAUGACAUUUUGUAAUGUACUCAAAUUGGUUAUAAGAAUUCUUGGAUUGUAAUACAGUACAGUACAGUAUAUUAUUAUAUAUGUUUUAUAA